CUUGACAUCGACAUUUGUCAUCUAAUCUUCUACAAUCCGCUCUCGAAACUCUCUUAGAAUAUUACAAUAGAUAGCCAUAUUCCAGAACCAUGUCCUUCAAUAUACUAGCCGCGGAGCUUCUGCUCCAUAUAUUCCGCUCCUGCGAAAGUGUCACCGAUGUUAUAAACCUUGCCUCCACGUGCCGUCGACUGCACACUGUUUUUCACCGAUCCAAUAAACUACAGAUCCUCUACAAUGUCGCGGAGCUCGAGUUUGGCCCGCUGGAUGAUAUCAUCCAAAUUGUGACUCAGAACACCAGCCAGGCAGCGCACGUGUCGCGCACCGCACCUCUGACUGACCCCCUUCUCCGACAGAUCAUCCAUAUCGGGUGCGUGGCCAAGAAAUGGGAAGCCAUAUACCCGCUCAAGAAAUGGAAGUUGGAUUUCGAGAAUCGCCGGACGCUCUCCGACGAGGAGCGAUUUCGGCUCCGGCGCGCGAUCUACCGGCUGUGGCUGUAUCAUCGCGCCUUCCACACGCACGACCAUAGCCGGUUCACUCGCACCCUGCCUCAUAUCGUCAGCGAACGCGCGCAGCUGCUGCAUAACUGGUCCACCGCCGACUUGGCUGAGAUCGAAGAUGUGCGCGCGAUCAUCGGGGAUGUCGUGCAGAACCAUAUCUGCCCCAGCAACGGGACGAUCCAGCGUAAGUUCAAGAAACGAUACCCGGAGAGCACCCACCAAUUGAUGUUCAACAUCCAUCUCAAUUAUCCGACGACGACGACAACAACAACAUCUGAAUCGUCCACCGGUUCCCAGAGGUUGUUCGCGAAGCCUGCCGAUUCGGUGGCCGAGCGGUACUUCCAUACUACUCAUCCGAGCAACUUUGAAUCUUCGGCCAAGUACAGAUCCCGCUUCCGGAACGAUUUAUUCCAUGAUCCCGGGUUCGAAGGGUGGGGAGAUGAGAUUCCGCACUACUACGUUGUGCAGGACAUGAUGAAGCUUGAUCCGGGCCAGGUCCUGUGGCUGCGGGAUCACGCCCUGCUCAAGGAACAGGUCGAGGCCUAUGUUCGGGACAUGGGAGACUGGUUCCGGGACAACGGGGAGACAUUCGGGGACACCCUGGAGUGGGUGAUAAGGGAGCGAGGCGAGGACAUCGGGGAAUUCCGCGCCGCCAUCGCCGAUCGUGGGAUUGGGGUCGUCUGGGAUUAGCGAUUGUGCUGUCUGGCUGUCGAUUACAAAGACUACUGUAUAUGUCUUGCCAUCUACGGACGGUCUACUUUCCUUCCAUCAUAUAUGGCCCUUCCCCCCUAGAUGGCCUUCUGAGACAGCACCCUUCCAGCCGAGCCAAGCAAAGACCA